AUGGGUACAAGUUAUUUUUUCAUUUAUAUGUCAUUUUUCAUAACUUUUGGAUUUAUUUCUUCAUUUUUAAUAAUUCCAUUAUUAUCAACUUCAUUUUUUUUUGCCAUUGGAGUUGUAUUAUUUGGAUUUAUUAGUAAUAUUACAUUUAAGAGUGGUCAAUUUAUUUAUUACAAAGCUGAUAAAAAAUUAAAAAAUUAUUUAGAAUUAAUGGCAUAUAAUUUACAAAAAACGCCACCAACAACGACACCUAAUGAAACAUCUAUUGAAAGUACAAAUGAUAUUUUGAAUAGUAAUUCAGGUAAUAAUAGUAGUAUUAUUACAGAAGAGCCAAUCCUUUCAAUAUAG